AUGAUUUUCAGCCCUCCGAUUUUCUUCAAAUGCAAUAAUGGCCGCAAUAACUCGUUAACCAUCACCUCAUCAGAGGUUUUCAGGCGACAACCCCACCUCCCACGUCCAUCCUCCUUCUACGCCUCAUCUUCCCCUAACCCCUUGCUCCUCCUUCUCCCACGUUCCCGAACUUCUUGUGGUUCCCAUCUAUAUAAGAGUUCAAUCUCAGCGGCGUUUGCUUGGUGGUAUCAGGUAUGGACAUCCCUAAGUCCCCGGAUGAGGGGGAGGGAAGGAGGCGUAGAAGCUGCGGGAGAGUAUUGGUUCUGGAUUUGAGUUCAUUAAGAACCAUUUAUGUUUUCUUCAUUUCCCUCAAUUUCUUCAUUCCUUUUUCUUAUUUAGUGUCAAUUCCAUAAUCUCUGCAUAUUAUUUAUCAAGAUGUGUAUCACCUUACUAUUUGUUAGUUUUUGAGGGACUUGUGUUCCUUCUAAUUUGGAACUUCUUGAUUAUAUGGGUACAUGAUUUUUUUUAGUAUUUUUAGUGUUUCUAUGUUUGUGUGUGCAGUGAGAGAACUUCUCUUCUGGCUUUAAAAGUGGCAUCUUGAAGUAGCAUUUGAUGUAUUUUACAGACAAGCCCAACCCAAGUCUUUUACAGAUUCAAGGAUAAACUUUAUAAUAGAUACAAAUACAAGUUCACCAAUUCAUUGUUGUUUUCUAAUAUGAUCCAAGAUCACUUAAUUGAAGUCCCCUUAUGUUAUGUCUCUUUUCAAAUCCGUAUGUUGAUAUUGUUAUGGUUGAUGGUAUUAGCACCUUACGCAAUGAUCUCAUGCUAUUUUUAAUUGAUAUAUAAUUCUCUAUUAGUAUUACUAUUUGUUUAUAUUCAAAUAAUAGGAAACCGAUGGAUAAUACUAUAUCUAAUUAUAUAGGCUCUGAUUUUUGUAUCUUCUCAAAAGCAGGAAAGUGGAAACAUGUGCAAUGGUACUUGUAAGCAUGGAGUUGUGUUGUAUUGAUGAAUUUGAUAAAAUGACAAUAAAACACCACUAUACCAGGUUAGUUCACUCAUUUUGAUGUACUUCACAGCGGCGGAAUUAGUUGGUUGGUAGGGGUAGCACGUGCUACCCCUCAUUUAAUCCAUUGAACUAUCAAAAAAAAUUAUCUACGUAAGUGUAAGUGUGAAGAAAUAUGUGUAAUAAUCUUAGAUCCAACAUUGAUUCAAACGUCCAAUUACAUAUAAAAUAUAAGUCCAAUCAAUAGCUCAUUAACCGGUGUAACUUAGCCCAUUUACAUGUGAUUAUUUUGUGUAAUUGUGUAGAAUAUUACUUACGACAUUGAGGAAAAAAGUUGGUGUUGCUUUAUUCAGUUCUCCUAAGUUCUGAUCAUCUCAUAUCUGUUCACGACAACUUAUUUUCAAUUUGGCUUUCUUCUCCCACUUGACCACUUGCUCACUCACGAAUUUAUGAAACAAGUAAUAUUCAAUUUUUUAUCUUUUAUAUUUUAUGAUUUUGUUUAAUUUAGUUGUU